AUGUCUGGAGUGGAUAAAAAUGCAGUUUCGGUAAAACCAACAAGCUCUCUUGAGCAUCCUGCUAAGAAACAGAUCACGGCUGAAAAGCUUGUGUCAGAAGCUUAUAAUGAUCGGUUAACACCUCUAAAAACUCCUGAAUACAAAAUUACAGACGCUGAAGAACUUUAUGCCUAUCAGAGAAGAAAGAGACAGGAGUAUGAAGCUGCAAUUAGACGUAAUAGGUUUAAUUUUGGCCAAUGGAUAAGGUACGCACAGUUUGAGAUUUCGCAGCAUGACUUUCCAAGGGCAAGAUCCAUACUUGAGAGAGCCCUUGAUGUUGACAGUACCAACGUGUCGUUAUGGGUCAGAUAUGUGCAAAUUGAAAUUAAAGGCGGAAAUGUUAACCACGCAAGAAAUUUAUUAGAAAGAGCAACCAAAAUUUUACCACGAGUGGAUAAAUUGUGGUAUGAAUAUGUGACAGUGGAAGAAUCGCUUGGAAAUGUUAUUGCAGUGCGGAAUAUAUUCAAACAGUGGCUACCGUGGAAGCCAGGCAAGGAUGUAUGGAGACAUUAUAUCCAGUUUGAACAGAGGUAUAAGGAGUAUGAUAAUUGCAGAGCCAUAUUUGAACAGUAUGUUCUCGUAUACCCAGUUUCCUCAGUUUGGCUUUCGUGGGCUGAUUUUGAAAAACUCAGGGGUGAUGUCAUAAAUAUUAGAAACGUUUAUAAGCUUGGUUUGCAAUCACUCUCAAAAAGCCAUGCUCUUGAUGCCAAAUUUUUGGAAUCCUGGGCCAGAUGGGAAGCAACGCAAGGCAAGAUUGAGUCCUCCAGAAAGCUUUAUGAGUUUGGACUAAAGGCAUUAGACACCAGUGGAAAAACUAAAUUGCAGAAGUUAUAUACUGCAUUUGAAAAGAGACAUGGGUCUAAGGUAUCCAUCGAAAAAGCAACAUUUGAAACCAGAAAGGCCGAUUACGAGUCGGAAUUAUCAAAAACUCCUACAGACUUUGAUAAGUGGUGGUUAUAUUUUGAUUUGAUUAGUGAUCCUACGCUUCACUUGUCUGAGGAUAUAAUCAGAGACUCUUUUAAUAAAGCAUUAGCACGACCACCUCGCACACAUGAGAAGCAUGAUUGGCUCCCUUACAUAUAUCUUUGGCUUCGAUAUGCAACUUGGGAAGAAGUUCAUAAUGGGAAUAUUAAUGGGUCAAGAGGUGUUUAUAAGUCUGCUUUAUCUGCGAUUCCCCACAAAAGGUUUACUUUCGCAAAACUUUGGAUAAAGUAUGCUGAAUUUGAAAUCAGAAAUGGAACACUUAAGGAUGCCCGAUUGAUUUUGGGACAAUCCAUGGGGAAGUGUCCAAAUAAGAAGAUAAUGAGCUUUUAUAUUUCUCUCGAGAUUCGAUUGAGGGAGUACGAUCGGGCAAGAAAGAUUCUUGACAAAUUGAUAUCAAGCUUUUCAGAGGAUUAUGAUGUUUGGCUUGUCUAUGUAGAAUUUGAGGAGAAUCUUGGGGAAACUCAGAGGGCUACAGCUAUCGCAGAGCUUGCUCUUUCAAAUGAACAGUAUUUAAAUGCCGAGGAUAAGGAACAAUUUCUGUCAGGAAUCAGCGAGACCAUCAAGAAGAGUUUGAAAGUGCAUAAAGAAAAGGAAGAAUCUUCCAAAUUGGAAGAGGAGCACGAUGACCAUUUAAAAAGCGAAAACGUCUCAGUGCAAGAUGAUAUUAUUGAAAAUACUACAGGUACAGUGACACCAGGUGGUGAUAACCUACUUGAAGAGCCACAUAGCAACGAUGUCAAUACCGAUUCAAGUGACAUAAAAACCAAGUUGCGGGAACUACGUACUAGGUUCAAAAACAGAUUUGAGGCGUAA